UCCCCCCUUCCUCUCAUAGAUUGCCCUCUCUGUUGCUUUCUCCCUCCCCCCCCCUCCAAUCCCCCCCGACCCGUGCGAUGUCCUCGGCACAAUUUUUCCGCCGCCUCGGCGGGCAUGUCCCUCGAGCCUCCCCCGGCCGGGGCCCCACGCGCAUGAUGCACUCGUUGGCGGGGCGCACCGUGGCGGCGGUCCCAGCUGGCGGAUCCACUCCCGGUCGGGCCACCGCCGCCUGGAGCCUGGUUGCUCUGUGCCUGGCUGGCUAUGCCACCUUCCGGUGGGGGGACGACCUGGCCGAGCAGGCGCACGCCCUCUGGGCAGGGCCCGUGGCGGCGGCGGCGGCGGCGGCAAGCCCGCUGCUGACGGCGAUGCACUGCGAUGCCGGGGCCCCGCCGGAAACCGUGCGCACGGCGGCCCCCUUCACCGAGAGCCGCUUCUCGGCGGACAUGUACUUCACGGCCCCGGCACACCACCGGGAGAACGCCGACAUCCUGCUGCCCCGAGUGCCGGCAGUGCCGCGGCACCUGCCGGAUGGCACACUGCACGUGUACGGCGAGUGCACCUUCCGCUGGAUCGAUGAGGCACUGGCCCCGGGGGCGGCUGCCCUGCCGGAGGGGCACCUGUUCUUCGGAACGCCAGCCCUGCGGGACCUGUCCGUGCAUUUGUCCCAUGGUGGUGCGUGUGUCUGACGCCAAGGGGAGGGGGGGGGGAUGGCCAUGGGCGGGCGUGGGCCGGGCACGGCGCAUGCUCGCGCCGGCGCACAUUCCGAUGUCCCCCUCAUCGGUCCCCUCUAACAUGAAUGCCUGCCUCCCUCUGUCGCGUGGUGCCGCCGCCCCAGCCGCGGUCAAUGCCCGAGGCGAUGUCUACCAGUGGGGCGUCGAUUCUCCCGCGCCGGUGCUCACCCUGCGUGGCUUGGAUGCGGUGCAGGUCGAGACCGCCGGCCAGGCGCCCUUGUCGGUGGCCCUAACCCGUCAGGGCUCCAUCGUCGUCCUGUCGCCGAUUGACGCACCGCCGGCCGACCACACGGCCACCCUCACCAUCGCCAACACCGGGCUCGCUUCCUACCUCUACCCCACCAAGACCAUCACGGCGGAGGGCGUGUCCCAUGUGCUUGUGUGCCCGGAAGAGCCGACCAUCAAAUUCAGCAAGAUCUCCGUGGGCGAUCACCACCUGCUCGCUGUGUCGACCUGUGGCCGUCUCUUCAGCUGUCCCCUGACGGAGAAGGCCAAUGCCUUUGGCCAGCUGGGCCUCGGCACCAUGGGCGACGUCCCAACUGAGGAUCUCUUCAUCCUUCGGCCGGUGAUCGGCCUGCCGGCGUCGCAUGGCGUGGCCGACGUGGCCACCGGGGCCGGGCACUCCCUGGCGGCCUGUGACUCGGGACUGGUGUAUGCCUUCGGGGACAACCGCAUGCAGCAGCUGACUCUCGGCCACAUCCGCAUGAAGUCCCGGUCGCUGACGUCCUUCCCCGAGCCGACCCUCUGCCGGGGGCUGCCGCUGUUGGCCUCGGACCAAUGGGUGUCGCGGACGCUGGCGGCCGGCGGCAAGCCGGACCCCGAGCAGCCAGCCCUGCCACAGCAGGUGGUUCGGCUGGCGGCCGGUGGCGACACAUCGGCCUUCGUGGUCAUCGACCGCGACCCCACCCCGCGGUACAAUGUCCUGGUCAGUGGCUUCGGCCAAUUUGGCCAGCUGGGAUCUGGGUCCUUCCUGCAUUCGGUCGGCCGGGCGCACACCGUGCGCAACCUCAGUGGCCUGACGUCCAUGGACGAGGCCACGCGGACGCGUCAGCCCAUCCCCAUUCGGACCCUGUCCGUGAGCUUGGGCCACUGUGCAGCCAUCCUGGAUACCACCACGCCCACGGGCCUGCCGAGUCGGUACAUCCCCCCGCUGGACGCCUUCCUGUGGGGCGACAACCGUGCCGGGCAGCUGGGCAACGGCCUGCGCGCCAUGGUGGGGGUCCCUUGGCAGCCGUCCGAGCGUGUGCUCUCGCCAAAGAAGCAGGAUGGCUCUCCGGCCCCGCGGCCGGAGGACCUGCGCGACCUCCCCGCCGUCACCGGCACCCCGGGGCACCGCUUCGACCUGACCUGCAGCCCGACGGCCACCUUUGUCUUCCUGGCGGCCGACAGCCGCUGAGCGGACAGGGGCGCGCGCGUGCGUAGAUGGUCGAAGAGCCCCCCGCCCUUUGUAGAUGCACGCCCCCCCC